AUGUCCACCACCAGAGCAAAACUGAAGAAACCCACUCUGAAAGUCACACCGUAAGUCAGUUGCUAACGUUACCCUAAACAUGCUAAUAUGGAUGGCAGGUGAUGCUAUGUAGACUGUUACCAGCACUUUUACUCCUAGGCCAUGCUCUCCAAGGCUUUUCACUAUUUUAACACCCUGUCAUCUCACCAUAUCCUUCGGCCUAUUAAAUUGCAUGUUAUUGUGUAAUAAAUCUGUGUGAUCUCAUCUUAUUUUAUUUUUAUUUUUAGCUAGUAGAUAGGGUCUAACUUGAUGUGUUCUGAGCAGUAGACAAAAUGCUUUUACUGUCUUUCAGAUCUUCCCGGGUAAUGAAUGUCUCAACAUCAGGCAUACUCCGGGUCAACCACAGCACAACAUAUGCUCGGAGUAUCAAUGCCUCAGUGAGCCGGAAAAGUUUCAGUUUGGCUGCUGACAGCAAAAUCUUUGAUAAAAGCUCUGUUCCAACACCAAAACACACAGUUCAGGUACAGCCCUUUAUUGACACAUGUUUUGUUUGAUACAUUGUGUGCUCAGCUCCCUCCUGUACUCCCUGUUCACCCAUGACUGCGUGGUCGUGCAUGUCUCCAACUCAAUCAUCAAGUUUGCUGAAGACAACAGUGGUAGACCUGAUUACUAACAAUGAUGAGACCGCCUACAAGGAGGAGGUGAGAGCCCUGGAGUGGUGCCAGGAAAAUAACCUCCCUCAAUGUUAUAAAACGAAGGAGCUGAUCGUGGGGCCGCAGUGGAGAUGGUCAAAAGCUUCAAGUUCCUCGGCGUGCACAUCACUGACAACCUGAAAUGGUCCCUUCACACAGACAGCGUGGUAAAGUAGGCGCAACAGCGCCUCAGGAGGCUGAAGAAAUUUGGCUUGGCCCCUAAGACCCUCACUAACUUCUACAGAUGCCCCAUUGAGAGCAUCCGGUCGGGCUGUAUCACAGCCUGGUAUGGCAAUUGCACCGUCCACAACCACAGGGCUCUCCAGAGGUUGGUGCGGUUAGCCCAAUGCAUCACCAGGGGCACACUGCCUGCCCUCCAGGACAUCUACAGCACCCGGUGUCACAGGAAGGCCAAGAAGAUCAUCAAGGACCUCAGCCUCCCAAGCCACAGCCUGUUCACCCCGCUACCAUCUAGAAAGCAGAGACAGUAUAGGUGCAUCAAAGCUGGGACAGAGAGACUGUUAAACAGCAUCUAUCUCCAGGCCAUACUGUUAAGCAGUUAUCACUAGCCGGCCUCCACCCAGUACCCUGCCCUGAACCUUAGACACUGUUCUAGCCGGCUACCACUCAGUUCUCUGCCUUGCACCUUAGAGACUGCUGCCCUAUAGAGUCAUUGAACACUGGUCACUUUAAUAAUGUUUACAUACUGUUUCACCCACUUUCUUCUGAAUUAUGUGUAUAUACAAAAGUUUCUCAAUACUUUGUUAUAUACCCUUUGUUGGCAAUGACACAGGUCAAACGUUUUCUGUAAGUCUUCACAAGGUUUUCACACACUGUUGCUGGUAUUUUGGCCCAUUCCUCCAUGCAGAUCUCCUCUAGAGCAGUGAUGUUUUGGGGCUGUCGCUGGGCAACACGGACUUUCAACUCCCUCCAAAGAUUUUCUAUGGGGUUGAGAUCUGGAGACUGGCUAGGCCACUCCAGGACCUUGAAAUGCUUCUUACGAAGCCACUCCUUCGUUGCCCGGGCGGUGUGUUUGGGAUCAUUGUCAUGCUGAAAGACCCAGCUACGUUUCAUCUUCAAUGCCCUUGCCGGUUUUUCACUCAAAAUCUCACGAUACAUGGCCCCAUUCAUUCUUUCCUUUACACGGAUCAGUCGUCCUGGUCCCUUUGCAGAAAAACAGCCCCAAAGCAUGAUGUUUCCACCCCCAUGCUUCACAGUAGGUAUGGUGUUCUUUGGAUGCAACUCAGCAUUCUUUGUCCUCCAAACACGACGAGUUGAGUUUUUACCAAAAAGUUCUAUUUUGGUUUCAUCUGACCAUAUGACAUUCUCCCAAUCCUCUUCUGGAUCAUCCAAAUGCACUCAAGCAAACUUCAGACGGGCCUGGACAUGUACUGGCUUAAGCAGGGGGACACGUCUGGCACUGCAGGAUUUUAGUCCCUGGCGGCGUAGUGUGUUACUGAUGGUAGGCUUUGUUACUUUGGUCCCAGCUCUCUGCAGGUCAUUCACUAGGUCCCCCCGUGUGGUUCUGGGAUUUUUGCUCACUGUUCUUGUGAUCAUUUUGACCCCACAGGGUGAGAUCUUGCGUGGAGCCCCAGAUCGAGGGAGAUUAUCAGUGGUCUUGUAUGUCUUCCAUUUCCUAAUAAUUGCUCCCACAGUUGAUUUCUUCAAACCAAGCUGCUUACCUAUUGCAGAUUCAGUCUUCCCAGCCUGGUGCAGGUCUACAAUUUUGUUUCUGGUGUCCUUUGUUCUUCUGAAUUAUGUGGUAUUAUUUUUUUAUUGCUAGGUAUUACUGCACUGUUAGAGCUAGUAGAAACACAAGCAUUUCACUGCACCUGCACAUCUUUGUACGCGACCAAUACAUUUUGAUUUGAUUUGACAUUGCAAUAACAAUUACUGUGCAGCAGUUAAAAAGUGACAUCCCUCUCACAGGUCUUUGAUGAAAAUGGCAAGGACGUCACCCCACAGCCUCUCUACCAUCCAGACCCUGCAGCCGUGACGUCUAAACACAGUAAGAUCUUUGCCAGUGACACCUCUGGUGGCACCAUGUCAGACUUCUACUCUACCGCAUACCAGACAACAACCAACGCUAGCUUCGCUGGGCCCUUUACCAGGUAACACACAGAAUAUUCACUUUUUAAAAGCAACAUUAUUUAGAAGGCAAUGUGCUUAACUUUAUGGUCAUUGGACUAUGUACUGCUUUGAGUACCUUAAUCUCACACUCUAGCUCUCUUGUAAAACAUUUUUAAAUAAUAUGACUGGUGGUUAUAACAGAAUAAUGCUGCCUGUCGUAUGUCAGGUCAGUGUUUGGAAGCAGCACAGUGUCCAGAGGGAGCCAGUCCACGAUGGAGUCGAUGAAUGAAGAGAUUGAGGACCCAUCCUCCAAAAGGGACAUCUCCAUCAGUCUCUCAGGUUGACAAUCCUUUCACUCUCAUUUCAUUUACUGAUGAUGUUACAAGAGCUGCCAUGGCAGCUAUAUCACUAUGAUGACAAAAAAUGUAUUGUGUUAUCUGCAAGUAUAUGUCAUCUGAGAAUACCGGGAUGCACAGUUACCCAAAAAUUUACAAUUUUGAAAACCUGGAUGCUUUUAUUUAUGUUGUUGAUGUAUAUUUCUGUCCUGUCAGAUGUCCAGGUGAGAAGGGAAGAGGUGAAGGAGUUGAUAAAGGAGGAGAUGUUGGAUGACAUGGUGGAUCGGUACCUCAUCGAGUCAGAGACCCUCUGGCUACUGGACAUGCCGGCCAUCUCUGUGUCUGUGGACUCUGAGGAAGCUGAAUCUGUCAAGUAAGCAAUCACCUUUUCCAGACUCAGAAUGAAAUAACUCAUAUGUACACUACCAGUCAAAAGUUUGGACACACCUACUCAUUCAAGGGUUUUUCUUUAUUUUUACUAUUUUCAACAUCGUAUAAUAAUAGUGAAGACAUCAAAACAAUGCUUUUUUGGUUACUACAUGAUUCCAUAUGUGUUAUUUCAUAGUUUUGAUGUCUUCACUAUUAUUAUACGAUGUAGAAAAUAGUAAAAAUAAAGAAAAACCCUUGAAUGAGUAGGUGUGUCAACUUUUGACUGGUAGUGUAGAUCCAAAUGAUGUAGAUUCCAGGCUCAGGCCUCAGCAGCUCAUAAUGCAGAUCCUUGCUUGCUAUGUAGUUUUUAUACAUUUUCAUGCAACUUGUGUUCUGUCGAUUACCCUCUGUCUGAAGAGAGAGAAACAAUCUGUACGUGGAGCUGUGUAAGAACAGAAUGGGGAAUGAUAAGUAUGUGGAGCGUUCCAUGCAGACGUUCAACGGAGCGCCCAAGACCAAGGAGGUCCAGAGUGAGGCCAUCACCAUGGUGGAUGCAGGUUAGGAUGCACUUCAUCCUCAGUUGUCCUUGCUAUGAGAUAUGAGAGUACUCUUGUCUGUUGUUCUUAUCUCACCUCUCACACAAUGGCUAUCACCCAAGCACAGCCUCCUCAGUCAGCCUUUAGUUUGUUAAGCACCCCCCACUGAGCACAGAUGUCAAUUCAACUUCUAUUCCACAUUGGUUCAGCGUAAUUUCAUUGAAAUGACGUGGAAACAACGUUGAUUCAACCAGUGUGUGCCCAGUGGGCUUCUGGCCUCUAUGCCUGAUGUUACAAAUAGCUAUUGUCACCUUUGCCCUCUUUACAGCCACCACAGCCACCAGCUGGGAUAUGUAUGACUCAUUCUGCAGCGCAGGGCUGGGGGAGGCUGCCUUGUCCCCAGACACAGACAAGGCCAGCGUCCCUGAGAUUGUCUCCAACCACAGGCUGGACCCCACCAGAGCCCCCGAGAGAACCAUGUCUGUCAUCAGCACCACUAGCAUAGGUACAGUAACACUGUCAUUAAUAGAAUAGAACCAUAUUAGAGAACGAAGGGAUCAUUAUGGUUAUGAUCCUGCAGCAGUUCUAGGGUUUCUUAUUUAUUUACAGUUUAUUUCAUGAUGACGUAUGAUAUUAACAGGCGUUUUUCUAUUCAAGCGAGUGCCUCUAGCUCGCGGAUCGAGAUGGAGCUUUUCCUGGUCCCGUCUGAAGAUGAACCGGACCCGGAACUGAUUCUGCAGUCAGAGAAGUUCCAGCAGGAUCUGUUUGUGAUGGAGAGGAUCAUUCUGGAGAACAUCUACCAGCCGAAGCUGGCUGCAUACAGACAGCUCCCCACAUUGGAAGGUAUGGUUAUUACUGAUGCAUGCGUCUCUAUCCACUGGGCACAGACGUCAGUUCAACGUCUAUUUUUUAUUUACAUUUGGUUGACUUGUCAACUAACGUGAAUUCAACUUGAAAUCAACAAAACAUUUUUAGGUUUUAGGUUAAAAAAAGAAAAGUCCCUUAAGUUGAGGACUUUUUGCAAAUCCAAUCAGUUUUCCACGUUGAUUCAAGGUCAUCACAUUAACAUAUAUAUUUUUUUAUUAUGUGGAAACAACGUUGAUUCAACCAGUUUUUGCCCAGUGGGUAGUGUUUUUUUUGGGGUGACAUUUGCAGGCAAACAGUACAGUGUAAUCUAUGUCCCCAUGUGGUUUAUUAGCCACAACGUUUUAACCCUUAGGUCUUCAUCAGGUUCGGAUCGUAUGAUUAUCAACUUGAAUUGAUAUUUAGUAAUGUUACAAAUUGAAUGCCUUAUUUCUCAUAAACAACCAUGUUUGUUGGAUGUGCCAGAUCCUUACAGUGUGCCCAAGGUUGUGCCCACGGUGGGGAACAGGAGAGAGGAGAGUUCCCUGGAUGAGGAGAGCACUCUGACCCCGGCCCUGGAGCGCCUCUGGUCCUUCAGCUGUGAGCUGACUUCAGGACACAACGUCAGCAGUAUGGCCUGGAACAAGAGGAACCCAGUAUGAUUCUAGUUUUAUUCACUUAUUUAUUUGUCUUUUGAUGUGUGUAAAAUGUUUCUACAAAAUAAACUCUCUCUCUCUCCAUUUUAUUUCCUUCUCCAGGACCUUCUUGCAGUGGGGUAUGGGCAGUUUGACUUCAAAGACCAGAAAUCAGGCCUGAUCUGCUGCUGGUCUCUGAAAAACCCCACGGUAACUGACACUUCUGUUUUCUUCUUUAUCUCAGUUAAUACCAUUAGUUUCUGCAAUUGUGCUGUACCUGUAGCCUGGUCCUAGAUCUAUGUGUGCUGUAUACUCCUAUGGACUAUCAUGCCAAACAUUUGGCAAGACAGCACAAACAGAUCCGAAACCAGGCUACUGUACCUGUGCCAGGUUAGAGAAUAGUUCUCUAGUGACUAAGCUAAUGAGUUUUGUAUCUUGUAUCUACAGUGGCCUGAGAGGAUCUUUACCUGUGAGAGUGGAGUGACUACUUUGGACUUUUCGUCUGGCAACGCCAGCCAGCUAGCAGUCGGAAUGCAUGAUGGCAGCAUAGCCACCUACAACGUCGAGAGCAGAGAGAAGACACCCGUCAUUGACAGCAGGUGGGUCUGUGUCUCCUCAAAGAGAAAGAGAGAGUGAGAGAGACAACCAAAUCUAAUUUCUCAUAGACACCAGGUGGCACUGUAUACUGGCAGAUAAACAGGCUAUAUGACAGGGUUCCCCCCCAAGUUUUCUGAGCAAAAUAAAAUAAAUGUUAUAAUUUUUGUUCUUGGACAUAAAAUACUGUAAAAUUACCAGGAAAUUAGUUUGCAAGUGAUUUUAAUUUAGGAAAUCUGCUCACAAGUAUUCCCACGCAUAAAUACAGAGGCAUAUGUGAUCGUAUCCCAAUGUUAUCAUGUUUUUGUCAAAUACUAUAUCUGUUUGGGAUUCUUGCGGUCAAUUUGCAGUGUACAAAUGAUUUAUGACUAUGUUCUGACCCAUGGCUGUAUGUAAUUGGGGACCCCUAUAUGGUUUACAAAGCAAAGCCCACAGUCACCAACAUUUCUGCUUUACCCAUAGGCUUUACCUUUAGAAUUAGACAGUGGAGUAGGUCUAUGUUCCUUUUAUAAUUUAAAAUAAUAGCAAUUGUAAUGUUUAAACUUUUUUGAUAAUCACAAAAGAUUGAGGUCAUGAACGAUAUUGAAUACAGAAAUGAUGAUAACAAGGAUAAAUAUUUAUUUUUAUUUUUGUAUUUCUUAUUUCAAAAUGAGACUUUUUCAUGUUCAUUUGGAAAUGCACGUAUUGCACAGCCGGACAUGUCAAGGACUGUGUUCAAACAAUAAAACAGCAGGAAGCCUAUACACUGAAAGAGAGAUGGCCAACGUGAUGCAGAGGAAACAAUGGAAGGCCAGCCAGCCAACAACAACACAUAACAAGCCUUUUAACAAGCUGUGACAUCACAUCUCUUUCUAUUCCAUCGUUAACAAGCCUUUUAACAAGCUGUGACAUCAUAUCUCUUUCUGUUCCAUCGUUAACAAGCCUUUUAACAAGCUGUGACAUCACAUCUCUUUCUAUUCCAUCGUUAACAAGCCUUUUAACAAGCUGUGACAUCACAUCUCUUUCUGUUCCAUCGUUAACAAGCCUUUUAACAAGCUGUGACGUCACAUCUCUUUCUAUUCCAUCAUUAACAAGCCUUUUAACAAGCUGUGACAUCACAUCUCUUUCUGUUCCAUCGUUAACAAGCCUUUUAACAAGCUGUGACAUCACAUCUCUUUCUGUUCCAUCGUUAACAAGCCUUUUAACAAGCUGUGACAUCACAUCUCUUUCUGUUCCAUCGUUAACAAGCUGUGACAUCACAUCUCUUUCUGUUCCAUCGUUCCUCAGAUACUAGCGCGAUAGAUUUGUGUGUAUUCAAUCGAGUGACGCGUUUCCACCAAAUAUCUACUGUUUUUACAGUAUCUCCUGUGCAUAUCUCCCCGUUACUCAUCAUCUGUCUGUUGUUGUUAUGACUGACUAGCUAGGCUGUGAUGUCAGAGACUGUCUACUAUUUUUAAUCUCCAUUAGACACUGAAAUAUCUACUGAUCUCACACAGACAUGUAACAAAGCUGGUAGUGACUGCGCCUUGGAAAACAAAUGAGAACCUCAACAUGUGUGUUAGUUGAAGCACACUUACCUGUGUGUGUGUGUGUGUGUGUGUGUUUUUUUUCCCUGUGUAGUGACUGUGCCCACAAGCACACAAGCACUGUGUGGCAGGUAAGGUGGAUCGACCAUGAGAGGGGUGCCUCAGGAGAGGACAAGGGAGAGACACUCAUCUCUGUGUCUGCAGACGGCAGGAUCAGCAAGUGGUUCCUGCGGAAAAGCCUCGACUGCAUAGGUCCAGUUUUACCUCAGUCUCUGAAAGUUGUGGGAAACCUUUCUCUUAGUAUGCCCCCUCCAAGUAUCCCAAAUAUCCACCCUCUAAAAUACUAUUCUUCAUAUUCUUCAUAGACACUUUUGCAGACAACUCUUGCAGACAUUUCCCCCCUUAACCUUCCAGUCAGCAGACAACUCUUGCAGACAUUUCCCCCCAUAACCUUCCAGUCAUAAGCGUAACUAUUAUGUGCUCUAACCCUUGCCUCCACAGACUUGAUGAAGCUGAAGAGGACGAGGAAUGAGAAAGCCAAGAAGCAGGCUCGAGACAAAGAGAGGAAGAGCGAGGCGCUGAUAUCACGGCAGGCGCCGGGGCUCUGUUUUGACUUCCAUCCCAUGGUGAGCGACCAGAAUGUUCUCAUGUUCUUACGUUUUCAUAAAGGAUAGUUACACGUGUUGUUUUAGUUACUUUGUCCUGUGUUUUUAGGACUCCAACAUCUACCUUGCUGGUACAGAGGAGGGCCACAUCCACAAGUGUUCCUGUUCCUACAACGAGCAGUUCCUGGAGACCUACAUAGCACACAAAGUAUGAACAGAUCCUUCAGGCCAUACAGAUGCUCUCCGCUGAACUGUAUAAUACAAUGCCAUUCAUUCAUUCCCUAUCCCUAGCUUAAUGUCCGCAUCCCUGUUCAACCCUAACCCUAGCCUCAACCACAACCCUAAUCCUAGCUUCAUGUCCACAUCUAGGUUCAACCCUAACCCUACCCUCAACUCUGACCUUAACCCUAACUUCAUGUCCACAUCCAGGUUCAACCCUAACCCUCAACUCUGACCUUAACCCUAACUUCAUGUCUACAUCCAGGUUCAAUCCUAACCCUCAACUCUGACCUUAACCCUAACUUAAUGUCUACAUCCAGGUUCAACCCUAACCCUCAACUCUGACCUUAACCCUAACUUCAUGUCCACAUCCAGGUUCAACUCUAACCCUCAACUCUGACCUUAACCCUAACUUCAUGUCCACAUCCAGGUUCAACCCUAACCCUCAACUCUGACCUUAAACCUAACUUCAUGUCCACAUCCAGGUUCAACCCUAACCCUCAACUCUGACCUUAACCCUAACUUCAUGUCCACAUCCAGGUUCAACCCUAACCCUGGCCUCAACUCUGACCCUUACCCUAACCCUAGCUCUAACCUCUCCUUGCUCUCAGGGCCCUCUGUACCGGAUCACAUGGUCUCCGUUCUGCUCGGACGUCUUCCUGAGCUGCUCCUCUGAUUGGACGAUCCAGCUGUGGCGGCAGGACCUGUUCACGCCCGUGCUGGGCUUCACCUCCACCCAGAGUGCCGUCUAUGACGUCAUGUGGUCCCCCAAGUGGGCCACCGUGUUCGGGGCCGUCAACGAGGGACGCGUGGAGAUCUGGGACCUGGGAGCCAGCAUGUGAGUACUCUCUCUUUGUCUGUCUCUCUCCUUUUCUAUUACUUUCUAUCUCUUAAUAAAUAGAUUUAACUCUGUCUCUUUCUCUCCCUCUCUAUCUAUUGUAGUUUCUUCUCUUAAUGCAUUUCAAGAAAUAUAAAGCUAAGAUAAUAAAGCUCAAGUCUUUACUCUGAGCAUGGCCUGUGAAUAAACAAUAGACAGCAUCUCCACCAUGCCCUUGUCCCUCUCCCCAGCCUGGAGCCCACCAUAGUGAGCCUGGCCAGUCCUGGGGUGAAGCUGACCUCCCUGCUGUUUGCUACUGAGACAGACUGUAUCCUAGUGGGGGACAGUGACGGGCAGGUCAGCGUCUACCAACUCAAGAACCUCACCGUAGGAGAGGGAACACAGGUGAGGCAGGCGUCUCCAACAGGUCGAUCGCGAGCUACCAGUAGCGCGCAGCCCACCUAUGAGUAGCCAAGCAAUUCUGAAAGUACAUGCAUUUUUUCAUUUGUUCCUUCGCAAACUGUCAAAAACAUAAAGCUCCCGGCUACUAUCCAAUCAAAGCCACACUUACAUUAUCCCACCCCUGGUUAGCCACUAUUGGCUUAAAAAGCCAAAUGUAACACAACAUCUGCCAAUUAAUUUCCAGCAAUAUCGCCCUUGUCUGUUUGCCUGUUAUUCAAACUGAAUUCUUCCGCUGCUCUAUCGUUCGGUACAUACUUCAAUCUGAGACUGCCAUUGUUGAAGUCGUUUAUGCUGACAUCAAAAUUAGGGGUGUUGUACAAAACAAAGUCAUCAGCGAUUGGAUAAUCUCUAACCAGAGUAUCAAAGCCAAUAACACAUUUUCAAAAUGCAGCUUUACCCAUGUGUGUUCUGGCUCUGGCCCAAUCCAUCGGUUUCUGGGACCAGUUAGAAUGUGUUUGCGUUCUAGAAAUCGUCGGGGAGGUACUCAGAUCCAGACUCAUUGCGGAGAAGAAACAAACAUCUGUGGGUGUGGCAUAGAGUUUGGCCGGAGCAAGGAGUUUGUGUAACCAGGCAACCUGUCUGUCUGUUUGGUGCACACGUUUGUAUGUAGCCAGUUAGCGAUGCUAAUGAUAACCAUCUUGUGGGUAGACAGAAAGGCUUUCCCCAAAAUCUUCUCAAUUAAAUGUUAACUGCAAAGUAGGCUUACCUGACAGAACUAUAUCAUGAUUAUUUGUAUCAAUUGGGUGGCGAUUGAUUUACAAACUGUGCCAUGACAUGUGCUGCAGCAGUAGGCCUAACAGCAUGGCUAGACCGGCACAUUCCUCUCCUGCUAGAUGCGCAAUUAAAGGGAAAUACACUCAAAUGUGUUCAUUUUUUUUCCAGACCUCAAAAAUUUUAUUCUGAUGUGAUUUAAGCAUUACCAUGGACUCAGAACAUCCAUUCCCAUUGUUUCUCUAUGAGUCAUUGUAAUAUUGAGAGUCAAGAAAAGAACAAAAAUCAUUAAAAAUGUCAAAUUAAACAGAGAAAACAGAAUUCGGGAAGGUACAAAAGAUAAUUUGAUUGGGGCCUGUCAUGCCAAAUACUGUUUAUUAACCAUUAUUUUACCAGGUAUAUUUACAGAAAACACAUAUCUUGCAUACCAAGGACCUGGGGAUGAGUUGCAGGGUAGAGGAGAAGAGAAGAAUGUGACUAUUUCAAAGCUAUGGUCAAAAAAGAGUGGUUCGCGACAUGUUUCGUUUUCUAAAAGUAGCUCUUGUGAUAGAAAAGGUUGGAGACCCCUGGAUUAGAGUGUGGUAGCUUUCAGGUUUGAAUAUAAGCCAACUGCAUUGCAUAGAAAGGGUAUGUUGUUGCAUACACCUUCUGAUCAGAAUGCUUAAUCGCUGUUCUUACAGUGACACACCUACCGUAUGUGUCGCCAUCAUACCCACUCAGAGCUUUACCUUACCUUACCUACAAACUGUUCUCUGUGGAAAUUCAGUUGGAUUAUUACAGACCAUUUAAAGACAAUUUCAGCCCAGAUUAAGGCAUAAUUUCCUCAUUCUGUGGGUGGCUGGUUAACUGUUCUUAUCUCCCUGGGCAAAGAGACAGAGGGUAAAAUAUCUCGUCUCAUCUCUGUCCCGUUAGGUGGACGCGUUAGAGGACAUCAUCGGCUCCACCCUGGCCAGUCAG